AAACCCUUCUCUUGUUCUCGAUCACCUUCUCAUCAUCAUCAUCGUCUUCGUAUAUAAACCCUAGCGCUUCCCGGGAACCAGCGAGCAAUGGCGCUUGCCCUAGCGAUCGCCCUUGCCUCCGCCGCGGCGCUCAUCCUCAUCUCCGGCGCUCUCGCCUCCAUCGUCUACUUCCGCCGCGGCUGCUUCCUCCGGGGCGGUGAUCACCAGCCUGCCGAUCUCGAACGGGGAACCUCAACCUCCAGAGUCGCCGACGGCCCGGAUCCGUCGAUCGGCACCAAGGACUCCCCCCGCCGCUUCCACUGGUCGGAGAUCGAAACCCUCACUCGAAAUUUCACCUCGCCGGUGAUCGGUGAGGGCGGGUUCAGCACCGUCUACCUCUCCGCCCAUUCCUCCGCCGUCAAAGUCCUCCUCAGCAGCGAGCGUCUUCACCGCGCCUUCCGCCUCGAGCUCGACGUCCUCCUCCGUCUCCACCACCCCCACAUCGUCCGCCUCCUCGGCUUCUGCGACGAUCGAGAUGGAGAAAGAGGCGCUCUCGUCUUUGAGUACAUCCCCAAUGGAAGCCUCCACGAGAAGCUUCACGAAACCCUAACCCCUCUCUCUUGGUCUCAGCGCGUCUCCAUCGCGUACAAGCUCGCAACCGCCAUGGAUUACCUCCACGACGGAUGCGAUCUCCAGAUCGUCCACGGUGACAUCAAGGCCUCCAACGUGCUUCUCGGCGAGCAACUAGAGCCCAAGCUCUGUGACUUCGGCUCCGCUCGCAUGGGCUUCUCCGCCGCCGUCCAGCCCCGUGACGCCGCCCACAUGGUGGGCUCUCCCGGGUACGUAGAUCCUCACUAUCUCCGCACCGGCAUCGUCUCCAAGAAGAGCGAUGUCUAUAGCUUCGGCGUGCUUUUGCUGGAGCUUAUCACCGGCGGCGAGGCCUUCUGCUCGGAAAAGGAGCAGUUGCUGACGGCGAGGAUGGCGCCGCUGUUGCAAAACACGGCAAGGACAUUACCGGAGAUAAUGGAUCCAAAGCUUGGUAUGGAGUAUGACGCUGGUGAGGCGGCGGCGAUGGCCGCCAUGGCCGCGCUUUGCGUCGGCGCGCAGCCCAGUCUCCGGCCAUCCAUGGCUGACGUGCUUCGUUUGAUGAAAGAGAAGGUUGUUUCCGCAUCUCUUUCUGAUUCAAUCUCAGCCGUUGAUCUCGAGAAAUCUAAAUUGUAAAUAACUGUGAAUAUAGAUGCUUGAUUUUGAUUUUUGUCUGAAAUUUUUUUUUGUUAAUUUCGUAAAUAUGUUUGUAUUUUAUGGUAAUCAUGGAUUAUAUACA